AUGUCUCAGACCCUCAAGGUCAUCAUUGCUAAUGGCCAUAGAUAUGUUGAACGUCAGAUCCGACCUAUCAGUCUAAGACAGCUUACUUUCUUUGGGAGAACCUUGACAGAGUCAAGACUUAUAAGCUCUGCCAAUUAUGUGCGCACCGAACUUCCGACUAGACUCGCACACCGUCUCCGGGAAAUACAGAAGCUGCCGUACGUUGUGGUCGCUAACCCUCACUUCUCGCUGGUAUACGAACUAUAUUAUAAAGCUUUUGAGAGGUUCCGCACGGUCCCCGAGAUACGAUCACUCGACGACAAUGAUCGAUUCUGUGACAUCCUACGGAAGACGCUCAAAGAGCACCUGGUUGUGAUACCAAGGCUAGCCAUGGGAGUGCUGGAAUGUCGUGGGCUUCUGCCGGCAGAUGCGAUGGACCGGUUUAUGAACACUUUGCUCAGGGCGAGAAUCUCGCGUCGAGUCAUUGCGGAACAACAUCUGGCAUUGACGGAAACGUUCAACUCGCCGUGGCACUUUCCGGGAUCGCAAGACCGAACGGAUCUAAACGCCGAUUUUGUUGGUGAGGUAUUCCUCAAGUGCAACGCCAAAGAGGUCGUAGAGCGCUGCGGCAAGCUUGUACAAGACAUGAUUCGGCAGAGCUCUGGAUCAGACAAGAUUCCCGAGAUAUCAGUCCAGGGGCACCUGGACGCCACAUUUCCGUACAUGCUCAGUCACUUGGAGUACAUAAUUGGCGAACUCCUGCGUAAUUCAAUCCAGGCGGUCAGUGAGAGGUAUCAGACCCUGCAACAGACUCCACCGCCUAUUGAGGUUUUGAUCUGUGAAGCGCCUCAACAUGUUAUUAUGCGCUUUUCUGAUCAAGGAGGAGGAAUAGCUCGAGAGAUUCUGCCUUACUUGUGGUCUUUCACCAAGGGACCCCACAGCAAAGUACGACUCGAAAACUUAGGGCAGGUCCCAGCUAUGGCGGCCACAUUACAGGAGCUAUCGGUCUCCAGCGAGAUAAAGCACGCGGAUAAAGAGACGUUCCGCGAGAGCUCACUCGACACCCUGACUUCGCGACUGCCAGACCUUCGACUCGGAAUUGGACUGCCAAUGAGCAGAGUCUAUGCGGAGUACUGGGCAGGCAGCCUGGAGUUGCACAGCUUGGAGGGCUACGGCGUGGAUGCAUUCCUCCAGAUAUCGAAGCUCGGCAACAAGAACGAGCAGGUCACGACGAGAGCAGCAAUUGAUGCCGUGUGA